CUUGUACAACAACUACCACCACGAUUGUCGACUUUCAUGCAUUUGCUGGAGGAUGAAUCUCGAAUACGCAAAUCUCUCACGACUUAUCGACCCUCCUGGCCGCAGCUGACGUGCUUUGACGUGCUUGCCGCGUCUAUAAUAUUCCUAUGCUCUGAUCAGUCAAUAGCGCGCCCGAAAGCCUAUAAAUUCAUCAACGAAGGCGGUGACACAGAUAUUAUCCAAGAUCCUUUCUUCCAGGUAAUGAGGCUCUAUGGGUUUCUGUAUUCAUGGGAGGGUUUUGUCGAGGGAAACCUCGAUCUUUCUGGGCGCCACCGCUCCAGAUACGCCUUUUUGGACCCUCUUGUGCACGCUUUCGCAAAGGAAAUUACUGCCAUCCAGGCAUUAACUGUUCAAGUCGUCGACAACGAAACAGGGCUCACAAAAGUUUCUCUAUCCGAUGAGGCUGCCUGGGAAACUUUUAGCGCGAAAUGGCUGAUACCAAAAGGGCUCAAUUUCUCUAUCAUCUAUCGUGUUGCAUGUCCACUUCUUGACGAUAACGGAUUACCGGCAGAACCCAAAUUUCAGCAAUUAUGCUUCCUCGAUCUUCCCAACGAGCUACUAGAUCUCUGUUUUUGUGAAAGCGAUCUUCCCGAUGCUCGCACCCUCUCUGCGACAUGCAAACAUCUGAAAGCUGUUGCUCUCCCUUACAUAUAUGUUUCUCGGUUGCUCAGUGUGUUACCGGCAACCCUCAAUUUCCAGGACGCUCAACUCACGUCGUCCUCGAUACAACCGAAAGACUUGUUAUCACUCCAACACGCUCACCGACAAUCCGUGGCUACACUGAACUUUCUCCUUAGUCGCCCUGAUAUCACAGAUAGACUUCGAAGAGUCCGUCUGCUUGACCAUUGGUGCCAGGAUCAACAUGAAUAUACCCCAAUGUACAUUCAUUCGAUGAUCUGUGACGUUCUAUAUCGUUCUAAAAACCUGACGAUCAUCAAAAACAAAGGUUUUAGCAUUAACGAACAAUUUGUGGCUGCGAUAGCAGCGUCCCCCAGCCUUCACACCAUCUUCCUUCAUGGCUGCGCAUUCUUUUUUUCUAUGGACCUGUUCCUCUCCAAGCCUGAUUUACUCCCUCAGCUAAGAAGCGUCCGCCAUCUUACCUUUCUUAUCGACUAUCAUCUUCAGUUCCGAGCUGGUAUCUUGCGGUUCACUUACUUUUGCCAAAACUUAGUCGAGCUUACAAUCCUUCUGGAGAGGGGACAUGAAGCAAUACGUCUACCCUCUAGAUUCUCUGAUUUCGCCCGCCUCCGCUGUCUUCAGUAUCUGUGCAUUGACAGCUUGCACUCUGAUUCCUUAGAUGGGUUCAAGGAGUGGCUGGUAGUGCUUGGGUCCUCUACGACAUCGCAUCCGCAUCCGCUAUCUCACGUCAAGGUCGGAUUGGCAUAUCCUGAAUCCGAUAUAGGUAUCCUUCAGCUGGUGGAUGUACUGGACAAAUAUUCUAUUCGAUCGUUAUAUCUCGAUGGGUUGUUGGAAGGGCACCCGGAGCUCAUUAGCGGCAUAGCAGAAAGGCUCCCAGGCCUCGAAGCAUUGACACUGCUGCGUCGCGCCGGACGUCGCGAACGCUGGUUAUGCUCUUGGCCGAAGCCGGUGUGGGUAUAUGCGUCCCACUUUACGAAUUUCACGAAUCUUCGCUCAUUUGGCUGGAAUAUGCCCAUGGUGUUUGACCAGGUAACGCCUAAGGCUCUGGUACUAUUUGAAGGGGAAGGGGCAGAGCAUGAAGAUUCGGUUCUCCCUUACGCUGGACUGUCCCCUUUGGAGCAAGACGACGAGUUGUCGGAGGAUGAUGAGCGCCAUCGCAUGGCUGUUGUAUUUUCGGCGUUUAUUACGACGUUGGAAACUAUCUCGUUCUGUACGGCGGUCGGAGGAAUCAACUGGCGCAUCAAGAGAGAGGACGGACGGACACACAUCGAAUACGCAGGACGUGGAAUCCCAGAGAGACCAUGUUGGAAUCCCACCUGGUCAACAUCCUUAGAGUCUUCAGUUAUGAUUUAAUCCACUCUGCAUCGCUUCCCGACCUACUUGUACCAUGCUAAUGCAGUUAUUUCUUCUCUCUUAGCUACAUAGUGAACUGUUGGUGUGAGGAUAUGUCUUUCGGUUGUUACUCUUGAUUGACAAGCUCCAUCUAGGCAAACCGCUGUGGCGACGUCUGUGCUCCGGCCUCACGGCGAGAACGCCCUUAAACUGUUGUCUGUAGGGCUUAAUUCGCCAGGCAUGCCAAGUUUGACUACCGUCAAUUCCUGCGGGGUCUUGGUGUUGACAACAUCUGCAGAUAGCUGAGAUGUCAGAUAACCGCCGUCUGGGC